AUGGGCAAGUGUCGCGGUCUCCGUACUGCCCGGAAGCUCCGCAGCCACCGGCGGGAUCAGAAGUGGCAUGACAAGCAGUACAAGAAGGCCCAUUUGGGCACGGCCCUGAAGGCCAACCCUUUCGGAGGCGCCUCCCAUGCAAAGGGGAUCGUGCUGGAAAAAGUAGGGGUUGAAGCCAAACAGCCAAAUUCCGCUAUCAGGAAGUGUGUCAGGGUCCAGCUGAUCAAAAACGGCAAAAAAAUCACAGCCUUUGUACCCAAUGAUGGUUGUUUGAAUUUCAUUGAGGAAAAUGACGAGGUUCUGGUUGCUGGAUUUGGUCGCAAAGGUCAUGCUGUUGGUGACAUUCCUGGAGUUCGCUUUAAGGUUGUCAAAGUAGCCAAUGUGUCUCUCUUGGCCUUGUACAAAGGCAAGAAGGAAAGACCAAGAUCCUAA